AAAGAGAGAGAGAGAAAAGAGAGAGAGAGAGAAGAGAGAGAGAGCGCCCGUUGUAGUUUCGUCUAAAGUCGUGAGUUCUGCCGAGUAUUUUUUUUCGGUUUCUGUUUGUGGGAUUUGGGGAUUUAGGGUUUGAAAGCGAGGGAGAUGACGCAGGGCAGUGGCAAUUACAGCAGUGGGGGCGGGACGGAUUUCCAUUUGCCCGAUGAGAUAUUGUCUGUUAUUCCAACGGAUCCAUAUGACCAGCUCGACUUGGCGCGAAAGAUCACGUCCAUGGCGAUUGCGUCUCGGGUGUCGAAGCUUGAAUCCGAGACGGGGCGGUUGCGGCAGAAGAUAUCGGAAAAGGACCGGCUGGUAUUUGAGUUGGAGGAGAAGGUAUCGCAGCUUCAACAGGCGCUUCAGGAAACGGAUGCACGGUUGAGGGUUUCUCUCGACGAAAAUAUGAAGCUGUUGAAGGAGCGAGAAUCUCUGAUUAUGACUUCAAAGAAACUGACCCGGGAUUUGGCAAAGUUGGAGACAUUCAAGAGGCAACUGAUGCAGUCACUCAGUGAUGAUAAUUCAUCUCAAACUGAAACUGUUGAUAUAGGAACAUGUGACCAAUCAGUUGCCAAAGUCUGUUCUGCAAAGGAAGAGGUGACAAAUGGGUAUACAGCACCACAUGUUGGCAGUGGUUCUAUGGAAAUGGUGAACCAAAAUGAAGAUGCCUCAAGGAAUGUUGGCCAGAGAUUCUCAAUGACUCCCUAUAUCACCCCGCGCUUUACUCCAACUGGAACUCCCUCAAUUGUUUCCACAAGUGGCUCCCCUAGGGGGUACUCUGCUGCUGGAUCUCCGAAAAGGGCCUCUGGUGUCACGUCUCCCACAAAAUCUCUGUAUGAGGGGAGGGCUGCAGCAUCACCUUGGUAUCCACCGAGUCAGCAGUCAUCUGCAGCUAACUCUCCACCUCGUGGCCGGCCAUUGCCAGCAAGGACACCACGGAUUGAUGGAAAAGAAUUCUUUCGACAAGCCAGGAAUCGUCUGUCAUACGAACAGUUCAGUGCAUUCCUAGCGAACAUCAAGGAACUAAAUGCUCAAAAGCAAUCUCGGGAGGAAACCUUAAGGAAAGCAGAAGAGAUAUUUGGUUCAGAUAAUAAGGAUCUUUACUUAUCAUUUCAAGGACUGCUCAAUCGUAACCCUCAUUAGAUAUACACACAUUUUUCAGAGAAGUUUCAUGAGGUUCUCCAGCAAAUGCGUUAAACGAACACUUAUCGUUACUUGGAUGCCACAGCUUGUGAACAUGCAAUGAAGAUUUAACUGCUGCCAUGAUGUUCCUCAAGUGUUUGGGCUCGCUGCCAUUGUGUACGGACAGGUGAGGAUGGGGCAUUACACUAAUAUUGAGUCAUUUAGAUGAUUAGAGAGCAAGAACAUGGUUGGUUUGAUGACUCCACUUGUUUGGGGUGUAUGCUUUGUUGUAAAUAAAUGGUUGGUUUCUUAUGUCCUCAAUGCCCUAUUUAAUUUGUUUUCAUAUAGACAACUUGUCAUGAAUUCACCUACCCUCGAGAGAUUUUUUUUUUUUCCUUUAUCUUGUUU